CCACAGUGUUGCAAAAGCAAAGAGCAAUAAAAAACCCGGCGGAAAGCGGCGGCGGGGCGGCGGGGCUGGCGGGGAGAUCCCGGCGGAUCCCGGCGCGCUCAGCCCGGCUGAUUGGAAGAGCGAACGCAGCGCCAUGGAGGCGGGGGAAAGCGCGAUCGUCUCUGCGGGGACUGGAGCGCGUCCACGCCCGGGGCCAGCGCUGCAGAGCUGGCCGCCGUUCAACCGCCGCUCCCCCGCCCCGGCCCCGCCGAGCGAGCCCCGAGCCCCCGCCGCCCCCCAAAGCGGCGGCCCCGCCGGUACGUGCCCGCGCCGGGGGAGCCGCCGCCGCCGUGCCCCGCCGCGCCGCGCCGUGCCCGCCGCCCGGGCUCGCCAUUCGCCGCCGCGCCGCUCCGCCGGCGGGGCUGGAGGAGGCGCUUUGUUCCUCCCCGGGCUCCCGCUGCCGCCGCCGCCACCGCCGCGCUCCGGGCUCGAGCGUGCGGGAGUGAUUUCGGGCAGAGGGUGAGGAGGGAGCGGCGGGACCGUCCUGGGCACAGGCAGGUGGAGGAUGAACGGCGAAGCUGAGUGCCCUGCAGACCUGGAAAUGACAGCUCCCAAAAACCAAGACCGCUGGUCACAGGAGGACAUGCUGACCCUCCUGGAGUGCAUGAAGAAUAACCUGCCCUCCAACGACGGGAGCAAGUUCAAAACCACCGAGUCCCACCUGGACUGGGAAAAAGUGGCUUUCAAGGACUUCUCAGGGGAGAUGUGCAAGAUGAAGUGGAUGGAGAUCUCUAAUGAGGUGAGGAAAUUCCGGACCCUCACAGAGCUCAUUAUGGACGCUGAGGAGCACGUGAAGAACCCUUACAAAGGCAAAAAGCUCAAGAAACACCCCGACUUCCCCAAGAAGCCCCUGACUCCCUAUUUCCGCUUCUUCAUGGAGAAGCGAGCCAAAUACGCCAAGCUGCACCCCGAAAUGAGCAACCUGGAUCUCACCAAGAUCCUGUCCAAGAAAUACAAGGAGCUUCCCGAGAAGAAAAAGAUGAAAUACAUCCAGGACUUCCAGCGAGAGAAGCAGGAGUUUGAGAGGAACCUGGCGAGGUUCAGGGAAGACCACCCGGAUCUCAUCCAGAACGCCAAGAAAUCCGACGUCCCCGAGAAGCCCAAGACCCCCCAGCAGCUGUGGUACAACCACGAGAAGAAAAUCUACUUGAAAGUGCGUCCAGAUGUGAGUACGGCCACCACGAAGGAGGUGAAAGAGUCGCUGGGCAAGCAGUGGUCUCAACUCUCGGAUAAAAAGAGGCUGAAAUGGAUUCAUAAGGCCCUGGAACAGCGGAAGGAGUACGAGGAGAUCAUGCGGGAUUACAUCCAGAAGCACCCGGAGCUGAACAUCAGCGAGGAGGGGAUCACCCGCUCCACGCUCACCAAGGCCGAGCGGCAGCUCAAGGACAAGUUCGACGGACGACCCACCAAGCCACCCCCGAACAGCUACUCCCUGUACUGUGCAGAGCUGAUGGCCAACAUGAAAGACGUGCCCAGCACGGAGCGGAUGGUGCUGUGCAGCCAGCAGUGGAAGCUGCUGUCCCAGAAGGAAAAGGACGCCUACCACAAAAAGUGUGACCAGAAAAAGAAAGAUUAUGAGAUCGAGCUGCUCCGCUUCCUGGAGAGCCUGCCCGAGGAGGAGCAGCAGCGGGUGCUGGGCGAGGAGAAGAUGCUGGGCAGCAACCGGAAAGGGGCGACGAGUCCUGCAUCCAAAAAAUCCUCACCAGAGACCGGCAAGGCCAGCUCGGAGAAGCCCAAGAGGCCCAUCUCAGCCAUGUUCAUCUUCUCGGAGGAGAAGCGGAAGCAGCUGCAGGAGGAGCGGCCGGAGCUGUCGGAGAGCGAGCUGACCCGGCUCCUGGCCCGCAUGUGGAACGACCUCUCCGAGAAGAAGAAGGCCAAGUACAAGGCGCGGGAGGCGGCGAUGAAGGCGCAGUCGGAGAAGAAGCACGGCUCAGAUAAAGAGGAGCGUGGGAAGCUGCCCGAGUCUCCCAAAACUGCUGAGGAGAUCUGGCAGCAGAGCGUCAUUGGGGACUACCUGGCCCGUUUCAAGAACGACCGGGGCAAAGCACUGAAGGCCAUGGAGGCCACUUGGAACAACAUGGAGAAGAAAGAGAAGCUGAUGUGGAUCAAGAAGGCGGCGGAGGAUCAGAAGCGAUACGAGAGGGAGCUGAGCGAGAUGCGGGCCCCUCCGUGCUCCACCAACUCCACCAAGAAAAUGAAAUUCCAGGGAGAGCCGAAGAAACCCCCCAUGAACGGUUACCAGAAGUUCUCCCAGGAGCUCCUGUCCAACGGGGAGCUGAACCACCUCCCGCUGAAGGAGCGCAUGGUGGAGAUCGGCAGCCGCUGGCAGCGCAUCUCCCAGGGCCAGAAGGACCACUACAAAAAACUGGCAGAGGAGCAGCAGAAGCAGUACAAGGUGCACCUCGACAUCUGGCUCAAGAGCCUCUCGCCCCAGGAGCGGGCAGCCUACAAGGAACACAUUUCCAACAAACGCAAGAGCAUAGGGAAGAUCCGGGGCCCCAACCCCAAGAUGAAGCCGACGAUGCAGUCCAAGUCGGAGUCAGAGGACGAUGACGAGGAGGAAGAGGAGGAGGAAGAUGACGAUGAAGAUGAGGAUGACGAUGAUGACAACGGGGACUCGUCAGAGGAAGGCGGUGACUCCUCGGAGUCCAGCAGCGAGGAGGAGAGCGAGGACGGGGACGAGUGUGAAUGCCGAGUAAGUCACCAGAGUCAAAGCUUUACACCGGUGCAACUGAAAUCUGAGUAUGCUGGAUGGCGCUGGGGCCAGAAACCGUGUCCGUGCCUUGUGCUCGCCACCGGACAGAACGACGAGGAUGACGAGGAUGAGGAUGAUGAGGACGAGGAUGACAACGACUCCGAGGGCAGCAGCAGCUCCUCCUCCUCCUCGGGGGACUCCUCCGACUCCGACUCCAACUGAUCGGCCAAGCUCUUCGUAACGUCGUCGUUUGGUUUCUCGGUUUCGGUCCCAAAUGCCCCCUGCAGCCCCUCCAAAUCCUUCCUCCUCUUCCUCCUGCCCCUCCGUGGGACCCCCGGCGCGGGGAGCGGGGGCCGGGGGGACCCCCCCGCCGAGCUCACACUACGGAGGGGGACCAGGGGCUGCUUCCCCCAGGCUGGGGGGCGAGGAGAGAGCCCCCCACCCCUGCCCCCUGCCUUCCUCCCAAGGGGAAGCAAUUUUUUUUUUGGAAUUUCGUUCUUUCCAGGGGGGUGUCUCUCCAUCCCUACCCCCAUAACCCCCUCGCUACCAGCUCUGGACUUUCUAGAAAGAGAAGAAAAACACACAGGAAAAAAAAAAAAAAAAGAGAAAAAACCAACGACACCCCCCACACCUUUUUUUUUUAUGAAAAGAAACAGAAACGGGAAGAAAAAUCCCCUCCCCGCGCAGCCCCUGCGGCGGCGGGCGGAGCACGAGCCGAGGGGCUCAGGACUCAGCCGAUGGGACAUUUCCUCCUUGCGCCCCCCCAGCCCUCUGCGCCCCCCCAGCGUCCUGGGGAUCCUCCCCACCCUCCAAAAAUCCUUGUACAGUCUGGAAGCUGCCCCGGGAGCCGCCCGGGAACUCCACAUCCACGGCACUUGGGAAGGGUCGGUGCCCCGGGGGCGGCCC